AUGACGGACGCUGAGCAUAUGCCUCCAACAUGCUGUACCGAUGAGCACAUCGAUCCGGAGCAUGUCGAUAAGCUUUUCGAUCCCGUCUUCAAAAAGAUAUGGAAUAAGAAAUUUGUGGAAGCCUCUUUCAAAAACAGGCUGUAUUGCCCGUCACGACGAUGUGGAGAGUGGAUUCGACCGAUCAAUAUCUACCAUGAUCGCGAUACGAAUCGAAAGGCUGCUCGCUGUGAUCGAUGCAACACAAAGGUUUGUGUGACUUGCAAUGGCAGAUGGCACUUUGCGGGCAAGUGUCCCCGGGAUGAUGAAACAGCCAAGUUUCUUGCACAAGCCAGAAGCGAGGGGCGGAAGAGGUGCAUCAAAUGCGGUGCUACAGCUCAAAUUAGAGAUGGCGAUAACCAUGCUUUGUGCCGAUGCGGUGCCGAAUUUUGCGUCGUUUGUGGAGAUAAACCCAAGAGAUGCGAAUGCCCGUGGUUCGACGCUGACGUCCCCGAGUCUGACCACGAAGAGAAAGCGAUUGCACGAAGGGAAAGAAGCGAAAUCCAAGUAUUCCGUGAAGGCAGCACUACAGAGGAGUCUCGGGGCCCCCGGCGGCCACGAGGAAAGCAGCCACGGCCUCAUGUCUACGAUGAAGAAAUUAUGUUACGUCAAGAGGACCGCGAAGAUGAACUGGUUCGCAGGCCUCGCUACUAUGCCAAAGACGACGAGUAUGAUAUCGUCGGUGCUCCAGAACCACCCACGUCCCAUUAUAUGGAAGAGAGUCCUAAGCGUUUAGGACGCAGAGUAGUUGGCGGCGCCCCUCCUUCUCCAAGCCAAGCAGAAUUCGAGAGAGGUUCUCGUGUCGGCAGGGGAGGCUACUACGGAGGACGCAUAGACAGGCGAAAGGUAGAGCGACACUCGGAAGAUCCGUACGACAUGGAACCUCCUGGCAUGAGGCCGCCGCCCAUGGGAAUGCCACCUCCGGUCAUGGAGGGAGGAUACCGCGGAGGAACGGGACCUCUAAUUGUGGAACGAGAUCCCAACACUUACGACGACGACGAUUCAUAUUACAGUCACAGCUCGCGUAGUCGAAAGGGCACGCGACGCAGCGACGUACGCAAGUCCUCAGAGCUAGCAGGACUUGCCGGACGCAACUCUGGCAUGGGACGAAUCGACGUUUGGCGGAAGUUUGUCGAGCCCGGUGAUCCGGAGGGUGAAUUGGGUCCGGCAGUAGCGGCAGCUUGA